AAAAUAGUUGUGAAUUUGAGAGACUAGGAUUGGGAUGUGGGCGUCGGUUUCUCUAUCUGGACGACAGCCAUCCACUUCUCAGCUGUCCCAGAUACCCACCUGACCUCAUCUUCAUAUUCGUCUUCAUCUUCAUCUUCAUCUUCAUCUUCAUCUUUGUAAAUUGUAAAUCUUAAAUCUUUGGGUCUGUCCCUUUCCUAAUUUUGUUUCGUCUCUGAAAAAACCCUCUUUUUUCCCCUGAUCUAUAGACUUCUAUCUCCUCUCCUCCUCCUCCUCAGGCUCCAAUUCCAACUCUAUUGGAGAUACAACGUCAAUAUCGCCAUUGUCAUCGUCAUCGUCAUCGUCAAUCUACUUUUUGAGCUCCUUUUACAACUUUAGAAUCUAGAACCCAACUCAUCACCUUCAAUUCUCUCUCAAUAUCACUUUCCAUUUUGUUUCCUUCAUUUUCGGAUAAUUAUCAAUCAAUCUGUGAAUGUCUGAAACUCUUUUUCUGUAUCUCUCUCUCUCUCUCUCUCUCUCUCUCUCUCUCUCUCUUUCUGAUUGGAGCUUCUGAUCAAAGAUAUUUUCACAAUUUUCAAGCUAUUUAGGGUUUGGUUUGGUUUGGUUUUCUGCUUUGUUAGAAGGAAGAAGAAUAAAAUUUGGGGCGUUUGAGAGAUUUUCCCAGUGUUGUUGUAUUCUAAUUUGAUUCUUAUUAAUGGGGAAGAAGGAGGUUGGAGUCGCGGUCAUAUGCGCUGCGACUGUUUGUGCUGCGGCGGCUCUCAUCGUUCGCCAUCGCAUGAAGAGCUCUAGUCGCUGGGCUCGGGUGAUGGCCAUACUCAAAGAAGUAGAGGAGAAGUCUGAAACGCCGAUUGCCAAGCUCAAACAAGUCGCCGAUGCCAUGGCCGUUGAGAUGCAUGCGGGUCUUGCCUCUGAGGGAGGAAGCAAGCUCAAGAUGCUCCUCAGCUUCGUCGACAAACUCCCCUCUGGGGAUGAGAAAGGUGUAUUUUAUGCUUUGGAUCUUGGUGGAACUAACUUCCGUGUGUUGCGAGUACAAUUGGGAGGGAAGGAAGGUCGUGUUGCUAAACAAGAAUUUGCUGAGGUGUCAAUUCCUCCACAUUUGAUGAUUGGGAGUUCGCAUGACCUAUUUGACUUCAUUGCAAAAGAACUUGCAAAAUUUGUUGCUUCUGAAGGUGAAGACUUUCAACUUUCUCCUGGUAGGAAGAGGGAAUUGGGUUUUACCUUCUCAUUCCCUGUGAGGCAAUUAUCAAUUGCCUCGGGGACCCUUAUUAAGUGGACGAAAGGAUUUUCUAUUGAGGAUGCGGUUGGCCAAGAUAUAGUUGCUGAAUUGACAAAAGCCAUGGAAAGACAAGGCCUUGAUAUGUGUGUGACAGCUCUGGUCAAUGAUACAAUAGGAACAUUAGCUGGUGGAAGAUACUAUGACAAUGAUGUCGUUGCUGCUGUCAUCUUGGGUACUGGAACAAAUGCAGCUUAUGUUGAGCGUGUACCUGCAAUUCCCAAGUGGCAUGGUGAUGUACCCAAGUCAGAAGAGAUGGUUAUCAAUAUGGAAUGGGGUAACUUCCGGUCAUCACAUCUUCCUUUAACAGAAUUGGAUCACACAUUGGAUGCUGAUAGUUUAAACCCUGGUGAACAGAUUUUUGAGAAGAUAAUUUCUGGUAUGUAUUUAGGAGAAAUUGUACGCAGAGCCUUGUUUAAGAUGGCUGAAGAAGCUGCCUUUUUUGGUGAUACUGUUCCAGAAAAACUUAAAAUUCCAUUCAUACUGAGGACACCUGAAAUGUCUGCCAUGCAUCACGACCAAUCCUCUGAUCUGAGAGUCGUGGGGAACAAACUGAAGGAUAUCUUAGGGAUUUCUAACACCUCACUGAAAACAAGAAAAGUUGUUGUCAAGCUAUGUAAUAUUGUUUCGACACGUGGGGCUCGUCUUGCUGCUGCAGGAGUCAUGGGUAUCCUGAAGAAACUGGGAAGAGAUACAGUCAGGGAGGGAGAGAAGCAGAGAACAGUGAUAGCAAUGGAUGGUGGGCUGUUUGAGCAUUACAAAGAAUUCAGACAGUGUCUUGGGACCACUCUCAAAGAGUUGGUGGGAGAGGAGGUCUCGGACUCUAUUUUCAUCGAGCAUGCCAAUGAUGGCUCUGGCAUUGGGGCUGCACUUCUUGCAGCUUCUCAUUCUCAGUACCUGGAGGUCAAGGAGACAUGAGAAUAGUCAAUUCAGUCCACUGAGAUAUACUUACAAGGAAAGAUCACCUUUUUAUUUCUUCUCACUUUCCAUUCAAUUGUUUCGAGCCUCUUAUGAUUUAAAGAAACGAAAAGUUCCAGAAUCCUCUAUUUAUGGCCUUGCGGAUUUAUGACAAAUGAGAGAGGUAGACUAAAUGUAUGAUUACAUGAACUGGAACUUUUUCACUUUGGCUUGCCAUCUUGCCUCUUGUCUUCCAGCCCUGAGAGGUUGGGGUUGGGUUACAUGCUGUGUAUUUUUAAUUUUCUAAUUUUGGAGAAUAAACUGUUCUUUGACAACCUCUUGGCUCAUUAUUUUCACUGGUUCAAUGAAGCAAAGCAGGAUUCCUAGA